UCCAGCGAGGGCUCGGUUUACGCGGACGUCCUGGGCUUUUUAUACUACCACCCACCUGAGGGUCUUCCGCUUCCUCUUUCCCCAGGCUCCGCCCCCAGCGUCCUGUAGCCAUGACGACCGCGCGGCGCGAUUCUGUGGUUUGGAAGCUCGCAGGACUGCUGCGGGAGUCUGGUGACGUUGUCCUGUCUGGCUGUAGCACACUGAGCCUGCUGACUGCCACACUGCAGCAGCUGAACCAUGUAUUUGAGCUGCACCUGGGACCAUGGGGCCCUGGCCAGACAGGCUUUGUGGCUUUGCCCUCUCACCCUGCUGACUCCCCUGUCAUCCUCCAGCUUCAGUUCCUCUUCGAUGUUCUGCAGAAAACACUUUCACUCAAGCUGGUCCAUGUCCCUUGUCCCGGCCUCCCAGGGCCCAUCAAGAUUUUUCCUUUCAAGUCCCUUCGGCAGCUGGAGCUCCAGGGUGUUCCUGUCCACUGCCUCCAUGGCCUUUGUGGCAUCUACUCCCAGCUGGAGACCCUGAUUUGCAGCAGGAGCAUCCAGGCCUUAGAGGAGCUGCUCUCAGCCUGUGGUGGCGAUCAGUGCUCUGCCCUGCCUUGGCUGGCUCUGCUUUCUGCUGACUUCAGCUACAACUCACUGACCGCCUUAGACAGCUCCCUGCAUCUUUUGUCAGCUCUGCGCUUCUUGAACCUGAGCCACAAUCAAGUCCAGGAUUGCAAGGGCUUCCUGAUGGAUUUGUCUGAGCUCUGCCAUCUGGACAUGUCCUAUAACCACCUGCAUGUGGUGCCAAGAAUGGGACCCUCGGGCGCUGUUCUGGGGACCCUGAUACUUCGAAGCAACGAGCUCCGGAACCUGCGUGGCCUGGGGCAGCUGCGGAACCUGCGGCACCUGGAUGUCGCAUAUAACCUGCUGGAAGGACACAGGGAGCUGUCACCACUGCGGCUGCUGACUGAGCUCCGCAAGCUCUACCUGGAGGGGAACCCCCUGGGGUUCCACCCUGCACACCGAGUGACUGUCGCCCAGUACUUGUCACCCAGGGCCAGGGAUGCUUCUGCCGGCUUCCUUCUUGAUGGAAAGAUCCUGUCACUGACUGACUUUCAGACCUCUACAUCCUCAGGGCUUAGCUCCACGGCCUCACCUCUGCCCUGGCUGGUUGGGAGUACUGUAGAAACCUCAGGUGGCCCCGACUUGAGUGACAGCCCCUCUUCAGGGGGCAUUGUGGCCCAGCCCCCACUUUGUAAGGUUAAGAGCCGAGUCCGUGUGAGGCGGGCAAGUAUCUCGGAACCCAGUGAUACGGACGCAGAGCCCCGGACUCUGGACCCCUCGCCGGCUGGACAGUUUGUGCAGCAGCACCGGGAACUUGAACUCAUGAACAGCUUCCGGGAACGGUUUGGUUGUGACUGGCUGCAGUACAGGAGUCACCUGGAGACCUCUGGGAUCCCUGCUCUGGCUCCCUCCAAGGCCCCUGCUCUCAACACAUUGCCCCCAGAUUCCCUGAGUCCAGAGGCCACACCUGACCCUCUGCCUGCAGAGAAGGAGGCCCUGCCGGAAAUGGCAGAGGAGGUCAGGGUGCCGCUGGAGCCACAGGAGGAAGAGGAGAUGGAGGAGCAGGGAAAAGAGGAGGAAAAGCAGGAGCAGAAUGAAGUGGAAGUGGAGCUCUGCCGCCCCAUAUUGGUGUGUCCCCUGGACGGGCCAGAGGGCAUGCAGGGCAGGGAGCGCUUUCUCCGGGUCACUUCUAGCCGCCUCUUUGAGGUGGAACUCCAAGCAGCUCGAACCCUGGCACGGUUCGAGCUCCAGAGUCUGCAGGCAGCUGAGGUAGAGCCUGAGACCCAGACCCAAAGACAACCAGUGGCCAAGGGAGAUCAGCUCCCCAGAGCCCCGGUCCUUGUUCUGCGCUUUUCGUACAUUUGCCCUGACCGGCAGCUGCGACGCUAUGCAGUGCUGGAGCCUGACGCCCAUGCAGCUGUCCAGGAGCUGCUUGCUGUUUUGACCCCAGCAGCCGCCACAGCCCAGCGUCAGCUUGGGGAAGCAAGGGUCCUGCCGGGGGGCAGGCUCCAGUGUCUACGUUGUGGCUAUGAGUUGAAGCCAGAGGAGCCCAGGUUGGGACUGAACAGUGAGGAAGGCUGGAAGCCUCUGUUCCGAAAGACAGAAUGUCCUGCUGUUUGUCCGAACUGUGGUAGUGAUCACAUGGUUCUUCUGGAUGUGAGAGCCCCAACCAGCGAGCAGAGACAGGGAGAGCAGUUGCCAGCCCCCUUGCAGUCCCCUAGCACUGUCCCUGACCCUCCCGGUGACAGCGACCACAGCAACGGGGCCAGUAAUGCCCUAUCUCAGGCGCUGGUGUCCCGUGACUGCCGAGGUGGGAGCCUCAGUCCCCCCCCUGAGUGCCGUGGCCUCCGCUCUGUGGACCACCGACUCCGGCUCUUUCUGGACGUUGAGGUGUUCACUGAUUCCCAGGAGGAGUUCCAGUUCUGCAUCAAGGUGCCACUGGUGGUGUCAGGCCUCCCUGGGGAAUUUCUGUGUCUUGUGGUUGUGUCUGACCACAGGCUUUACAUGUUCAAGGUGACAGGGGAGACCAGCGGGCCUCCAGCCAGCUGGCUGCAGCCAACGCUGGCUGUUCCCCUGCAUGAUCUGAAUGGCAUCGAGCUGGGCCUAGCAGGGCAGAGCCUGCGACUGGAGUGGGCAGCCGGGGCAGGCAGCUGUGUCCUGCUGCCCCGAAAUGCCAGGCUUUGCCGGGCCUUCCUGGAGGAGCUCACUGAUGUCUUGCAGUCUCUGCCCCCAACCCGAAGGAGCAGUGUCAGCACCACGGAGGAGGAGGUGACCCCAAAGCACUGGCUCUGGCCAUUGCUGGAAAGAGACUUUUCCUCAGAGCCUCCCCGGUUCUUCUACCUCCGAGUGUUCCUGGUGGAAGGCCCCGCAACAUGUCCUGUGUCCCUGCUGCUGACUCUGUCCACCCUGUACCUGUUAGAGGAGGACUCUGCAGGGCCCCAGGCAGAGCCCCUUCUUGCAGCAGCAUCUGGCGCAGCCUCUGAGAAGGCUCUGCCCUCGGGGCCGGGCGCCUCUGUGAGCGUCAAGGGGCAGCAGCCCCUCAGCAGCCUGAGCUCAGUGCUGCUCUACCGCCAGGCCCCGGAGGACUUGAAGCUGAUCUUCUAUGACGAGGUGUCCCGGCUGGAGAGUUUUUGGGCACUCCGUGUCGUGUGUCAGGAGCAGCUGACGGCCCUGCUGGCCUCCAUCCGGGAGCCCUGGGAGGAGUUGUUUUCCAUUGGACUCCGGACUGUGACCCACGAGGCUCUAGACCUUGACCGGUGAGGCCUCCCAGGCGCCACGGCUGCAGAUGGUCUCUCCAACUCUGACCGAGGACUUCUCCAGCCUUUGGGCACUGGCCUGGGAGGCCCCACAGGACUCAUGGCUCAAGGGAAGGCUGAGAGAGAAGUGGUCUGGCCUUUGGAUGAUCUGGCCCGAGGGGCAGGCUAAGGGGUCAGUAGGAAGGUUUCUUCUGUACUUUUUCUCAGGUAUCAAUAAACUGGUUGCCGUUCCAGAUAUAAUGGAUGUACUUA